AAUUGAAUUGUUGCUUCAUUUAUUUUAGUUCUUUAAAUAUAAACACAGUCUACCAUGGACAUAACACAGGACUUUAAGGCAAGCGUUAUGACAGUGCGGCUGCAACGCAAGACUGAACUGGCAGCGGCCAAGGCCAAAGCUCAGGACAACAAGCAACAGCGUUCAGGCACCGCUUCCGGAAAGUCCACCGAUGGGACAAACGACUUUGCCAAACAGGCGAAGGAUGUAUGCAACAAGAUUACAACGCUUCGGAAUGUACUCAUCGAGAAUCGCACGGCAUAUAUGCGAAUCGGGCAGCAUCUGAAGAGUGCUACUCAGAUGACGGAUGCUGAGCGUGAUUUAAUUGAUCGGGAAUCGGAGAAAUUCGUGACGUACUACACACAGCAUCUGGCCAAGAUGCGCAGCGACUGGAAGAGUGUGAAACGAAAGCCGCAGGAGCGCCAACAUAUCGAAGCGGUGCUUGAUAUGCUGGUCAACUAUUUGCAUAGUAUCGAGCAGAUCUACCUUGAUCAGAAAAAGUAUCGCGUGCAACACGAGCUGGAGACCUAUAGGCUUCUGAAGCUGGCGGCAGACAAGAAGAGAAUACCAGUUCGUCCAGCGGGCAAUAAAAGCGGCAAUCUGGCGAAACGUCAACAGAGCAAUACUAAUGACAGCGCUGACAAUGAUCUGCUGCGUGAUGAGAAAGCGUCAGAAGAAGAGGACAACGAUUGGAGCAACGACGGUUGGGCUGGGUGGGAUGACGAGCAGGAGGAAUCACAAUUGGACAGCAGUUCGAUUUCAGAUAAACAACACAAGCCACGCACACGUAAACGCAGCCGAGCAGCAGAGCCAAAAAGCGCCGACUCUUCGGCCAAAGUUGCAUUGGACGAGGACAUACAGAAGACAGCGCAGCAGCAGGAGAACGAUGAAGAGAAUGCUUUAAGCGCCGAGGACAUGCAGCUGUUCGAGGCAGAAAAUGUACACAUAUACAAUCUGCUCCAAGGCGUCUCCGAGGAGGUCGAACAAAUCGAAAAGAACGUUGUGGACAUAGCCCAGCUACAGGACAUCUUCACAGAGAAGGUUGCCAUGCAGCAGCACAAUAUCGAGCGCAUUGUGAGCGCCGUGGUGGGCACCACGGAGAACGUCAAGGAUGCCAACGAGCAGAUUCGACAGGCGACGCAGCGCAACGCUGGCUUGCGCGUCUGGUCCUUAUUCUUCCUGCUGGUCAUGUCCUUCUCAUUGCUAUUUCUUGACUGGUACUACGAUUAAUAUACAAAUUAUUUGGUGUAAAAAAAAAAAAAAUAGAAAGAAAAUAUGUGAA